AUGGCCCACAAGGUGUUACAGGACAACUUCGACGUGGACUAUGUCAUUGUCUUCCGAGUCCCCUCUGAUGACAAACAAGCUGGAGCAGCACAAUUCCAGAGGCUCAUACGUGCCCUUGCCGAGACAGGCCUCACCACCGAAGUCCGUCGCGGUGAUGAGACCUCGCUGCUAGUCUUCGUCAAGGCAGCCGAUGAACAGGCGUUUGCCGAAGUUGUAUUCAGAUCCAGGAUCAGGGAUUGGCUCCAUGGCAUCCGACAGAUCCAGCCUACGAGAGACACGGCAGAAACCCUCACCUCGGAGCCACUGACUCCAGCCGAACGACUGCGCAUGAUUCACCAUAUGAUAACCUGUCCAGAGGAAGAAGGAGGAGCUGGAAUUACACCCAAGCACGGCGAAUGGAAGUCAGUGGAGGCUGUCUUUCCUCUUCACGACCAUGUAAAGAACAAGAAAUGGCUGGCUGAGUUCACUCGCAAGACCUUUCUCACUCCAGAGGACCUCGACGAGAUCAGGAAUUCCAUGGGCGAGAAGGCAUGUGCUUUGGGUUGCAAUAUUGGCUACUACUACGCUUUCCUCCAGUCGUACUUUUCUUUCCUGAUAUUCCCUGCGGCAUUUGGGUUCUCAAGCUGGGUGUUACUCGGAAACUUCUCAGCCAUCUACGCCAUUGUCAACGGACUCUGGUGUGUUAUCUUUGUGGAGUAUUGGAAGCGACAAGAGCAGGAACUGGCCAUAAGAUGGGGUGUCAAGAACGUGUCCGCCAUCGAGGACAAGAGAAGAGAAUUCGUCCCGGGGAAGACCAUCACAGAUUCCAUCACCGGUGAAAAGAUGGCAUACUUUCCGGCGAAGAAACGACUCCAGCGACAACUUCUCCAGAUACCGUUGGCAUUUCUGUGUGUCGUCGCGCUGGGUGCGAUCAUUUGCACAUGCUAUGCCAUUGAGAUCUUCAUCUCAGAAGUCUACGACGGCCCGCUAAAGUCUAUACUUGUCUUUCUUCCGACCAUCAUCCUUACGUUGCUUGUUCCUGCUGCCAGCAACUUCCUCACCCAGUUCGCUGAACGACUGACGUAUUACGAGAAUUACGAGACCCAAGAUGCUCACGACAAGGCUAUGAUUUCGAAAGUCUUUGUUAUCAACUUUAUUACCUCGUACCUGGCAAUAUUCCUGACGUCGUUUGUGUACGUCCCUUUUGCCUCGUUGCUAGUUCCUCAUCUCGACAUCUUCGGUUUGACCGUCAAGCCUUUCGCCGAAAACGAGAAACAAAUGCAACCACCGUCGCCUGCACAGUUCACCAUCAAUCCUAACAGGAUCCGGGAUCAAAUGAUCUACUUUGCGGUAACUGCACAAGUCGUCAAUUUCGCCAUGGAGACGGUCAUGCCGAUUCUCACGCAGAAAGGUACCAAGAAGUACAAGGAGAUGAAAUCUGCUCGAGCCGAGAAGAAUGGCGGCACUACUCCGUCGGUAUCCGCGAACGACCCAGCCGACGAGAAAGAGUUCUUGACCAGGGUUCGAGAGGAAGCUAGUCUUCCUGAAUACGAUGUGACUACCGACCUUCGUGAGAUGGUGAUUCAGUUCGGUUAUUUGGCACUAUUCUCGGUCAUUUGGCCCCUAACACCAGUCUCAUAUUUUAUCAACAACUGGAUCGAACUGCGUGGGGAUACCUUCAAGCUGACUGUGGAAUGUCGACGGCCAAAUCCUACCCGCGCCGAUUCGAUAGGACCUUGGCUCGAUAGUUUGGAGUUCCUGGCCUGGUUGGGGAGCAUCACUACUGCAGCCUUGGUCUAUAUGUUUAGCGGCGGGCAAGGACCAGAUGGCCGUCCUCAUGCCAUUUGCUUGUGGGCGCUUCUCCUCAGCGUCUUUUGCUCGGAGCACAUCUUCCUUGUCGUGCGGGUCAUUGUGAGGUAUGCUAUCAGCAAGUUUGACAGCGCAGCGAUGCGCAAGGAACGCAGUGAGAGAUUCAUGGUACGCAAGAAGUUUCUUGAGGACGCUGGUUUGGGGGAUGUCAUCAAGCCUUCCUUGCCCAAGAGUCCCCUACAUGCAACCUCUGGCGACCAAGCAUUUUCGAACAUUACUCGGGAUAGUCUCGAGGAGGACGCCAGGCAGGACAGUCUAAAGACUAGCACUCCCACUGAUCGAUUCUGGAACCGUCAACGUAGUUGGGCUGAAACGGAGAAGGUUGGACUGAGUAUGAUUGAACUGAUGGAUGUCAAGGGCGGAAAAGAAAAGAAGAGUCAGUGA